AGUUAUUUACUACGCUGAGUUAGUUUGCCCUGUUAAACAGAAUUAACAAUAUAAUCUCCUUGGUUUAAAGCAGUUGUCUGUGUGUGUGAAUAAACCAGUGGGAGGGGUUUACUCAUGUUGACUAGAAGCAGCCUUCAUGCUCCGGACGUCCUCGUGCGGCCGACACAACACACUACAGCGGCGGCUCGUGCUGUCUGCGGGCGACAUUUACCACGCGCCUCGUCACUAACUUCACCGGUCUGCUGUCUGAGCCUCACAUUUACCUCCAGACCUCCCCAGCAGAGUAGUUCCACUGCAGGUAACUCACUCGGACGUCACUAAACCUCUCAUUACCGCGGGUUGGUGUCUCACCUGUGAGGAGGAGCGACUUUCUCACGAUUUUGACCCAAAAUGGCGGUGGGCCUGACCCAGCUGCUUGUGUCUGGGGCGUUGCUGUGUGGGCUGCUGUUCCACACGGUGUCCCAACGUGGAGCCAAGAUUCAUAGUAAGAAGCCCAAUUUCAUCAUCGUACUGGCAGAUGAUAUCGGCUGGGGCGACCUGGAUGCUAACCAGGCUGAAGAGAAAGCCAACAACACACCUUACCUCAACCUGAUGGCACAGCAAGGACUGAGAUUCACAGACUUCCACUCUCCAGCCUCAACGUGCUCUCCAUCCCGCGCUGCGAUCCUGACAGGUCGCUACGGUCUAAGAAACGGUGUGACUCAUAACUUUGCGGUGAACUCUGUAGCCGGUCUGCCUCUGUCUGAAGUAACGUUGCCUGAGCUACUACAGAAGGCAGGAUAUUACACCGCCAUGAUCGGGAAGUGGCACCUGGGACACAAUGGACCAUACAGUCCGACUAACAGAGGCUUUGACUACUAUUUAGGUAUUCCCUACAGCAAUGAUAUGGGCUGUACCGACAUGCCAGGAUACAAUCUGCCCCAGUGUGUCCCCUGUGACCCAUCUGGACCUCAAGGGAUCAGAUUGAAGAGGAGUGUACAUGGAGGCUGUUAUUCCAAGGUGGGCCUUCCUCUGAUUGAAAACAGCAGCAUUGUGGAGCAGCCGCUUGACCUGUGGACGCUAACAGAACAAUACAGAGCCGCUGCACUCAGGAUUAUACACAAUGCAAGAGAGCGAGGUCAGCCCUAUUUCCUCUACAUUGCACUGGCUCACAUGCACGUCCCCUUGGCCCCUCCGCGCCCUCCAGAUGCCCCUACCACAACCACCACUGAUGGAGUGUACGCUGCCAGUCUGCGAGAGCUAGACAGUCUGGUCGAGGCGGUGAAGAUUACAUCUGAUGACACAGACAAAGACAACACUCUCAUCUGGUUCACCGGUGACAAUGGUCCUUGGGAACAGAAGUGCCAGUAUGCAGGGAGUGUAGGACCUUUUACAGGGAGAUGGCAGACCAGCAGAGGUGGAGGUUCAGCUAAGCGGACCACCUGGGAGGGAGGUCACAGGGUGCCGACGGUGGCUUAUUGGCCUGGAAGGAUUCCUGCAAACAUGACCAGCUCUGCCCUGCUCAGUGGUAUGGACAUCUUCCCAACCCUUCUGUCUCUGGCAGGGCUCACUCCCCCCUCAGACCGGCGCUAUGAUGGCAUUGAUGCCACAAACAUCCUCCUGCAUCCUGAACAGACGGGUCAUGAGUUUCUCUUCCAUCCUAACAGCGGUGCUGCAGGCAGAUUUGGUGACUUGCAGACAGUUCGCACUGGGAGACACAAAGCUUUCUACAUCACAGGUGCAGCAGAGGCAUGUGGUGGUGGAACAGGAAGGCAGCAGCUCCACGACCUGCCGCUGAUAUUCGACCUGGAGCGUGACGAAGCAGAGGAAACGCCUCUGCAGGCCGAGACACCUGAAUACCAGGCGGUGGCGGAGAGGAUCGCCCGCAAGAGGGAGGAGCUGUUAUGGGACAUCGCCACCGACAAGUCAGUGUCCACAGCGGACUACAGCACGGACAAAUCGGCAGCCCCCUGCUGCGAUCCAAAACAGGCUGUUUGCCGAUGUCACACGCUGGGCUGAGGGUGGGAAGAAACACACUCAAUCAAAAGGCUGAUAAGAGAGGCUCACAGAUGGAAGCAAACAGAUGUGGAGACAAAUAUCUCCACUGGAUGAGCUCAGCAGUUUGUUUGUAGAAGGUGCUGUCUGGGAGGUUCAAUGUCCAGACGCAGCAGGAGACGUGCAAACAAGAGGAGAGGGCAAAGAGAUGCAGGAGGUCGAACUUUGACCAGUUAGUAGAGACGCUAUGAUGUAAUUCUCUGUGCGGUCAAUAACUUUGGGAAAAAUAACGGAGUCAGAUCCAUAAGGAUUCGCACAGUGACACAGUUUUUGCAGUUUAAACGCUGUACACGACGAUUUUAAAUGAAGCACUCAAGAUGUGACUACAGUGUAGAGUUUCAGCUGAAAUGGUUUAACAGUUUAAGAUUUACGUCCUUUUUUAAUGUCGUCCUUCCACUCUUACAAGCUCAAAAGUAAUGGAACAAACAAACGUAAUUGUAAAGUCUCGUUGACAAAACCAAAUGCUGAGUUUCCUCCCUUUGGAUGCUUUUCCAGUUCUGUACGGUCUUUAGUUGCUGCUUGGCUUGAGGUCAGGCGACCAACUACAGGAUUUAAGAACAUUCCAUUCCAUUUGCUUUAAGGAGCUUUUGGGUUGCCUUCACUAUAUGUUUUGGCUCAUUAUCCAUAUGUACCGUGAAGCACCAUCCCAUCAGGUUUGCAGCAUUCGACUGAAUCUGAGCAUGAGGUAAAGCUCUAUACACUCCAGAGUUCUUUCUGCUACUUUUGUCAGCAGUCACAUCAUCAAAACAACACCAGUGACCCAGUUCUGUUGGCAGCCAUACAUGCACAUACCAUAACACUGCUUCCCUCAUGUCAGACCGAGGACAUGGUCUGCUUUAGAUCAUGAGCUGUUCCCCUCCUUUUCAUACAAGUUCGUCUUCAUCCGUCUGAAGAAUCUUUUUCCAGAACUGGGCAGUUUUUUUAACAUGUUUUCUAAUGCCGAUGUCAGAAAUGAUAAUCAAAUGCAUGCCCAAGCAGGUCAUUCUAACUAUGUGUCUACAUCUAAUGACUACAUAUGAUGAAAUGUACAAUCAUAGGAGCAAAACUGGAGUGAUGGGAAUUAUUUAGAAGACUGAAAGCCAUACUAAUACAAUGCACUGAUGACAGAUGCAUAUAGGAAGAGUUCUUAUGGAUCAGCCCGUGUUGUGACUCACAAAACAGAUGGUCGGUUAUGUGAAGCGUCAAAAGAAGAUUUUAUAAGGACGUUCUGUCAGCACUCCAUGCGUCACUAUGCUUGGUUGGAGACAGUGUGCUGGCCACAACGUUUAGAUCACAAGAUGUACCGAAAACAAAGACUGUACGAGGUUUGAAUGUAAACAAAAGCCUGUGAGGAUGAUCGCAGCUCAUGACAGGAAGCCAGAAUCAGGUGGUGAUCAGACUUG